ACACGAAGGCAUCGGCACUCCACGUUCCGCACUCGACCCAGUAAUAGUGACGCAGACAACGACGCAGACGAAUGCGAAGAGGGAGACUGAGACGGAGAUUGAGCAAAGUGCAUUAAGUCCGAUUGCGCUGCGAUCUCAUUCGAGGCGCGGUGGUAAUGUUGAGCUUUGGCUUGGCAAAGGCAGAUCUAGUAAAUGGUUUGAUCUCCACUGGUAUCGACGGUGGUACUCCCCGAUUCGAAGGCCGGUCUCGUGUGUCUCGUGUGUGCAUAAAAAGGCAGACUGAAAACUGAAAACAAGCAAAAAACAAACAACGAUUACGAUUGUUGACAAACUUGAAACAUAUUCAGCAUAGAACCAGUUUUGACAUUGUCAAAUAUAAAAGUGACUUCAAGAUGAGUAAAAUGCCCGAGACAACAUUUGCAGACCUGAGUUUGGCCGAUAAGACUGCAGUGAAGAAAUCAAGUAUCGUAGCUCGUCGAUUCUCCGACGUUUCCACCUGUUCAUUUAGUUCAGCAUGUUUUACAGAAACUUCAGAUGAGGACGAGAUAUCGCCAAAGGAUGUAAAGCAGAACAACUCCCAUGGCAACUCUGACUUUUGCGUUAAGAAUAUUGGUAAGGCCGCAUUCGGACGCCGGGAGAUUGAAAUCGCAGAGCAGGAGAUGCCGGGAAUCAUGACCUUGCGCAAACGAGCCGCUGCAGACAAACCGCUGAAAAAUGCGAAAAUAGUGGGUUGCACUCACAUCAAUGCGCAAACAGCAGUUCUCGUUGAAACUCUGAUUCAACUGGGUGCAUCCGUUCGGUGGGCGGCCUGUAAUAUAUUUUCAACACAAAAUGCAGUGGCGGCGGCAUUGGCGGAGGUUGGAAUACCGAUCUUCGCGUGGCGCGGAGAGACCGAAGAGGAUUUUUGGUGGUGCCUGGAUAGGUGUAUACACAACGAGGGCUGGCAACCUAACAUGAUACUGGAUGAUGGAGGGGAUGCUACCCAUUUGAUGCUGAAGAAGUAUCCAGACUACUUCAAAUCGAUCAAGGGCAUUGUCGAGGAGAGUUUGACAGGAGUGCACAGGCUAUACCAGAUGUCAAAAGCAGGCAAGCUCACCGUGCCGGCAAUCAAUGUCAAUGACUCAGUGACAAAGAAUAAGUUUGACACAUAUUAUACAUGUCGGGACUCAAUACUGGACAGUCUGAAGCGCACGACAGACAUCAUGUUUGGUGGAAAGCAGGUUGUGGUGUGUGGCUACGGCGAUGUAGGAAAAGGUUGCGCUGAAGCCCUCCGAGGGCAAGGCUGUAUCGUGUACAUAACAGAGAUAGAUCCAAUCUGUGCACUUCAAGCGGCCAUGAGCGGUUUUCGUGUAGUCCGCUUGGGAGAAGUCAUACGCAACGUAGAUGUGGUGGUAACCGCCACCGGUAAUAAGCAUGUCGUCACACGUGAUCAUAUGAAUCGCAUGAAGAACGGAUGCAUCGUUUGCAACAUGGGCCAUUCCUGUUCUGAAAUAGAUGUAAGCAGCUUGCAUACACCGGAGUUAACUUGGGAGCGAGUGCGCUCACAGGUGGACCAUAUUACUUGGCCAGACGGCAAAAUGAUCAUUCUCCUGGCUGAGGGACGUUUAGUCAAUCUAUCGUGCUCCACCAUCUCAUCCUUUGUCGUAUCCGUGGCCUCUUCCACGCAAGCACUAGCUCUAAUUGAACUCUACUCAGCACCGGGGCGCUACAAGUCGGAUGUGUAUUUACUGCCAAAGAAAAUGGAUGAAUAUGUAGCUAGCUUGCAUCUAUCGACGUUUGAUGCUCAUUUAACCGAGCUGACCGACGCACAGGCGAAAUUCCUGGGCUUAAGUAAGGCUGGGCCUUUCAAAGCCAACUAUUACAGAUAUUAAUCAAUGUUUGGCGCCAAUUUAUUGUUUAAUGCAUCUUGGAUGAUCUGGAUUCAUUUUGACCCGCAAUUCAAAUUCAGAGAUGUAGAUUAAUUAAGAAUUUUACAAAAUGUAAUUAUUUGUUGUUAUUUUAAUAAAAUAGAGAAA